CUUUUAUUAUUUUCUUCUUUCCUACAACGAACACUAUUCCUAUUUGCAAAAAUUGAGGCCAAAAAAGGGUAAACUAGAAAGUUCACUGUUUUCUUCAUCCCACUGGUGCUGCGAUAUAAUAACAACUUAUACAGAGUUGAGACAAGACUCUCUCGUCUGAAAUUGGAAGCAUGUUUGGAUAGACGGAAAGUAUCCAGGAAAAUAUUAAGAAUGGCCACAGGUCUGCUAGCCCCUUGCCACCAUUUGAACAACAAGACUGUAUUCGGUGCAACUUUUCUGAGUAGUGGCCGAUGCAACAAUUUCUGCGGCUGUGCUUCAGCUCCUCCUCCUUCCUCAAAGCCCAAGUUGAAAAGCUUCACAGUCAGAGCAAUUAAAGAGAAAGCAGAGGAAAUUAAGGCCCCAUCUCCGUCUCCGUCUUCUGCAGAAGAAAUAACCAAAAAGUAUGGCCUAGAAGCUGGUCUUUGGAAGAUUUUCAGCUCUAAAGAGAAAGGAAAGGAAGAGGACAGUGGAAAGAAAUCAAAGGGGGAUCAAGCAAAAGAGCUCUUGGCCAAAUAUGGAGGAGCAUAUCUGGCAACCUCCAUUACUCUGUCCUUGAUCUCCUUCGGCCUCUGCUAUGCCCUGAUCAGUGCCGGUGUCGAUGUCCAAACUCUGUUACAGAAGGUAGGAAUCUCCACGAAUGAGACCGGGGAGAAAGUUGGAACUUUUGCAUUAGCAUACGCAGCUCACAAGGCUGCAUCUCCAAUAAGAUUUCCUCCUACGGUGGCUCUCACCCCCAUUGUUGCUAGUUGGAUUGGGAAGAAAGUUGAAGGAGACAAGAAAUAGUUUGUAUCAGCAUGUAAUGUUCCCUUAUUCGCUCUGAUUGCAAACAAUUUUAACCAGAGUUAAUUACAUGAUAUUUGCCACC